UUGGACCCGCGACCCAUGCACAAGCCCACGACAGAUACUGGUCUAUCCACUGCGACAGCCCUAAGUCUUUCGGAUUUCCAUAUUGCUGGACCCCCCACUGUCUAUUACAUACCCAAUUUUAUUACGAUGGAGGAGGAGCAAUAUCUCGUUGAAAAGAUUCAAGCUACCCCUCAACAGCGAUGGAAGCAGUUGGCCAAUCGGCGACUGCAACUUUGGGGUGGCGAGUUGACGUCAAAAAACACACUCAUCGCACAGGCCAUGCCGCCGUUUGUCGAGAGCUAUCCCGAUAUUAUCGCGCGUCUACGAGCUACUGGCGCGUUCACGCGCUCUCCGCACGGCCAACCCAAUCAUAUCAUUAUGAACGAGGACAGGGUGAGCAUGUUGCACUCUAUUCAACAGGCGUCCGACCUUCAAGGAAUUAUGCCGCAUGAAGAUGGACCAGCAUACUUUCCCGUCGUAGCCACCAUCUCGCUGAAUUCCCAUUCUAUGUUCCAUUAUUAUCGAUAUCAGGAAGACGGCCGCACAAUCGAUUCGACACCAGUAAUGUCGGUGCUACUCGAGCCGCGCUCAGUCGUCAUCUCGCAGGACUCACUUUACUCGUCACAUCUCCACGCGAUUCAAGAGGUCGAAAAAGAUGUCGUGGUUUUGCCGACGGAGACCAAACAACCACUCGUUCAAAUCGACUCACUAUCACUUCCAAUCGCUAAUUGGGACCGAGUGACUUCCCCUUCCAUCUUGGAGGUCUUGAACAACGGAGGGAUGUUGGAGCGGGAGACGAGGUAUAGCUUGACAUGCCGAGACGUGGAGAAAGUCGUGCAGCUCAAGACAUUAGUCAACAGACGAUAA